AUGGCGAAUUUCACAUCAAACAGAUCUUCUUCCCUACUUUCAGCAAGGGGUUUCAGAAAUUCAGAAAUAAAUACGACCAUCAGAAGGAGCUUUAGUGGCAACCCUUUUACAAGACCCAAUAUUGUGGUAAACCCAAGAAGCAUAAAUCCAGCUACCCCUGCAAACACCCUUGCUACUAUAGAUCAUACAAAAAGAGGUCCAUUACUUCGAAAAAGCACUAGUAGAUCGAUGUUUCAAUAUGGAAAAGAGAAUCACAAAGAUAUAGUCCGUUCACCUGCUAGAUCAUAUGAAAAGAGUUUCAUGGCACCAACGAUCAAGGCUGCUUCAAAGUUCACUCCAUCACCAAGAAAGAAAGUUCUUGGUGAAAAGAAUGUGGUGAUAAGAACUUCGAUCCAGUUCUUGGACAAUGAUUUUGUAAUGAAAUAUGAAGCAACAUCGAUGGAUCAACCUGCCAUGACGGAAGAGGAUUUAAAUGAAUCGGUAACCCUUGAACAAAAAGAAGUUGUUCUUGAAAUUCCUCCUGUUCGUUAG